UGGGGAAGGCUUAGAAAGACACGGACCAAACACCAGCUGCUGGGUCCAGCUUGGUUGAAAUGGACUAGUUGGGCUGAAGGGCCUGCUGUUCGACUCUAUUUCCAGGCACAUUGUAAAGGAAAGAGAUGUUAAACGGAGAGAUUUAUGGGAGGAAUUCCGACUUGGAGCUCGUUGGCGGACAGAGGCAGUGCUGCCAGCGGCGGAGCGAUUAAAUCUAGCAUUGAAUGCUGAAGAGCCGAGAAUAUUGGAUCAGUGCAGCCCGCCCUAAGAGUACAUCAUCACCGAGGCACGGGGGCACAAGCACCGGCAGCGUCUGUGAGGUCCUGGCGGAGCGCAGCCGGGACGCUGACUGACGUUCCUUGCGAGUGUGCUUAGCAGCGCCGCGCCGCGCCGCGCCGCUUCCUCCCAGCCUGGCGUGCGGCCGCCUCACCUCCCAGCGGGGCCGGGGCUUUGUGUCCCUCUGCACUCCCCUGUCCGCGGCUGCCGGGCGCAGGGACGGGUCGGGGCCGCUCACAACUCCUCCUCCACGGCAGGCCUCGGGCUUUCGGCGGGCUCGAGUAGCGGGCGGCUUCGCAGACGCUUGGAGGUGUCGGGAUAGGAGCGCAGGUGGGAGGGGGUGUCCGCGCUUUCUCUGAAGAUGGCAGGUAUGAAAAGAAAAAUCGAGGAUAAAGAUCCAGACUAUGAAGAUAUCUCAGUCUGCCAUCAGAACAAACGAUGUAAAAGGAUUGAACAUUCGGCGCGUGAAGCCACUUUGCAAAAAAUUGAAAGUAUCAUCAAGGAACAGUUCGCUGUGGAAAUGAGGAACAAAGAGCAUGAGAUUGAAAUUAUUGAUCAGCGCCUGAGCGAGGCCAGAAGGAUGAUGGACAAGCUUCGUGCCUGCAUUGUGGCCAAUUACUAUGCAUCAGCUGUUCAGUCCAAGGUUACUGAGGGUCCAAGAUCAUAUGAUCCAACUGUUUUGAACCACCCUGUCAUCAAGAAAUUUUUAGAAUCUCCUUCAAGAUCAUCCUCUCCAGCCAAUCAACGCUCAGAAACUUCAUCUGCCAACCAAUCAGAAACUGAUUCGGUCACUCACCAAACUGAUUCUUUUCUAGACAAAGAGAGUGAACAGGAGCAGCAAACUGCAGCAAAUGAAGAUACUCAUCCUGAUGGGUCUGAAAAAAGAGUAGGGAGGAAAAGUGGACAGGAUACCUGUGGAGUCCCAACUCCACAGGAGAUAGAACGACGGUGCGCAUACCUCACAUCUAGUGAUGACCCUUCACGCCUUUAUGUAAAGAAGACAAUUGUUGUUGGCAAUGUUUCGAAGUAUAUUCCCCCAGACAAGAGAGAAGAAAAUGAUCCGUCUACCCAUAAGUGGAUGGUGUAUGUGCGAGGUUCACGGAAAGAGCCCACGAUUGACCAUUUUGUGAAGAAGGUCUGGUUUUUCUUACACCCCAGCUACAAGCCGAAUGACCUGGUGGAAGUUAGUGAACCACCAUUCCACCUGACCAGGAGAGGCUGGGGUGAAUUCCCUGUACGCAUUCAGAUCCACUUCAGGGACCUGCGGAACAAAAGAAUAGACAUAAUUCAUCAUCUGAAGCUGGAUAGAACAUACACGGGCUUGCAGACCCUUGGUGCGGAAACGGUGGUGGAUGUUGAGUUGCAUCGCGACUCUCUCGGGGAGGACUACUGCACUGCGCUGCCUCCUAGUUCCACAGCAACGCUGCUUUCUUCGUCCUCCUCCUCCUCCUCCACCUGCAGUAGGACACCUCGGUCUGUCACGCCAUCACAAUCUGCAUCGUCUUCCACCCCCCCAAUGACCUCAUCUGGAGGUGUGCACGGGCCUGUGGCUGUUCUGAAUGCUGCUUCAGGAAAAGUGUCACACGAUCCAUUGGGCGGCACUGCUGAAAAAGUUAAGUUGGAACUCCCUGUCAAAAAUGAAUCAAGUUCCAGUGUUCACACGGGACAUUCUUCCCUGGAACGCACACCAACCAGGCCAGUGGCCACCCAGAAGGUGACAUUUGGGUCGCAUGGCAACUCAGCUUUCCAACCAAUCACAGCCAGCUGCAAAAUUGUUCCUCAAGAGCAGCUUCCCAGUCCUGCUGAUUCUCCAGGAAAGUCGUUCCAGCCCAUAACAAUGAGCUGCAAAAUUGUGUCAGGAUCCCCGAUCUCCACACCAUGUCACUCUCCUUUGCCACGCACACCAUCUUCAACUCCUGUCCAUAUGAAGCAAGGAUCAUCAGUCUCCGUCAUAAGUAAUCCAUACAUUAUUGUGGACAAGCCUGGACAAGUAAUUGGAGUGCCAACAUCAAACACAGCAGGGAGUCCCACUGCCAAGCAGUCAGGCAUUUCACAAGGUGCACAUUCACCCAUCCCAAAAAUCCAUGGCAGCAGCUUCAUUACAACAGCUGUAAAGCAGGAAGAUGCGCUUUUUGCGGCUAUGCCACCUUUAUGUCCCAUUGGAAGUCACCCCAAGGUCCAGAGCCCUAAACCUGCCACUGGGGGUCUUGGUGCCUUCACUAAGGUUAUCAUCAAACAAGAGCAAGAAACAGUGGCCCAGCAGUCGGGGGUGUCAACUGGGCCCGCACAGCAGGCUGUGCAGCAGUUUGUGACUGUGAAGGGUGGCCAGGUGAUUGCUGUCUCCCCACAGAAACACAGCAGUAGCAUUGGAGCAGGAGCCACCCAGACUAAGGUGGUUGGGAUUCCAGUCGGUUCAGCCUUGCAGCCAGUGGUGAAGCAGGCAGUGGCACUGAGUGGUGGCCAGAUAAUUGUUGCCAAACCAGGCACCACAGUUGCUCGGACAGUUGGACAGAAACAGAUUGUGGCUCAAGGUGUGGCAAAGGCUGUAGUGAGCGGAACAAGCGGAACCAUUGUUGCUCAGCCUGCACAGGCAGUCAGCAAAACUCAAAGUUCAUCUGUUAUUCAGAAAUCAGGAUCACAAAGCUCAGUUAUGGCCACACUGCAGCUUCCAGCAACCAACUUGGCCAACCUGGCCAAUCUGCCCCCAGGGACCAAACUCUACCUAACAACCAACAGCAAAAACCCCUCAGGCAAAGGCAAGCUGUUGUUGAUACCCCAAGGAGCCAUUCUGCGGGCUGCCAAUCCAGCAGGUCAUCAGGUUCAGGGGGCUUCACCGAGCACAACUAGUAGCAUUCAGGGCACUGUGGUUGGUGGGUUACCACAGCAACUGGGCUACACCUCCUAUAUCCUCAAGCAGACGCCGCAGGGCACAUUUUUGGUGGGCCAGUCGGUUCCUCAGGCCUCCGUGAAACAUGGACCCAGUAUAACAGCGCAAGGACCGCCUUCCACAAGUUCCCAUCAACAAUCCAUUAGAGUAUCCACUGCCCAAAAAGCUGUAUUUGCACAGGUCAUCCCUAGUGCCCAGGCAUCCCCUUUGCCCUCAGCUGCUGUUUCCUCACUUGUUCAUUCUCCCUCGCCCGAUGGAGCCACACGGCAACUAUCUGUAACUUCCUCCCUCUCACAGCCUGGUACCACUACCUUGAGGGUGACUGGAGGGGUCAUCACAACAGCCAGCCUGUCAUCAUCGGCCUCAGGAACAGCAACAGCCACCAUGGGGACUGUGGCUCUGCAGUCUGAGUCGACGAGCUCUAGCACCCCUGCAUCCUCCACAGUGCCUGUUAUCAAGGUCUCUGGUCAGCAGCCAUCCCUCCUGGUAUCGCCAGUUCAGCUUGCCACUAGCCAGUCAGCUCGCCGAAUCUCUGUUGGCUCCCAGGCAGCACCAAUGGUGCCUUCUCAGCACAGUGGUGAAGGGUCCAUCAAGGUCAGCAAUUCAGGAGCAGCCAGUGCGGUUUCUUUUGCGUGCAGUUCCUCUGUUGGGAUGAACGCUGUAAGUGGAAAAUCCAUUGAGGCACCAUCAGUCAAGCCAGAACCUGGGUCUUCAGGAACUUGUUUCAGCCCCACGAUUUGCACAGCUGGCACUGUGAAAGUGGAACGAGCAGUAUUGCUUGGGGCAUCUGAAAUGAUUGACCUUGAAUAUAUUGAAAAUAUGCAUCAGCUACUCUCUGCCAUCUUGAAGAAGUUACCCCUGAUCACGCCCAAGAAAACUGAGGACUCUCAUCCCUUCUGUGCCAUUUCUCUGGAACAGUAUUACAGCUGGAAUAUUGGGAAGAGGAGAGCUGCAGAGUGGCAGCGUGCAGUAGCUGUGAGAAAGGUUCUGCAGGAGGUGUUGGAAAAAUGCCCGCGGUUUAGCAGUGCAGAAGCCAUGAAGACCAAACAGAUAGUGUGCUGGUGUCGCCAUCGUGGGUACACACCCCCUGAUCCAGAGACAUCUGCCGAAGAGGAACUGAUGGAAGAUAUACUGACCCAAAUAGACAAUGAGCCAGAAUGUCCUGCCACAUAUACUGGGGCCAAUGAACUCUGCCAGAGGCUCAUGGAAGUAGAGAAUAUUUUGAAAACUGAAUCUGAGAGUGAUGAAGAGGUGGACAUCAUUAAUACAAUUGAACCUUCCAAAGUGAAGGUCAAGAAAGAGCUGGAGGAUGUUGACGAAGAGGUCAAAUUCUACAUGGGCACAAUGCCAGCUUUGGAGUAUGCUAGAGACACGGCCCAACAGAUCGGUGUUGCCAUCAAACCUUUGGAACUGGAGAGCCACGUCUUCGCCCCUGUGAUUGAAGAUAUGAUUAUAAAGGCCACUGAACAGUUUGUAAGUGACAUUCUUCGAGAGUCCUUGGGAAUUGCAUACCAGAAUACUUCUCAUAACAGGGCACCAAAAGAGCUAAGUUUAACCAACGUGCACCAAGCUAUCUGCAACAUUUCUGUCUGCGACUUUCUCACCAACAAGUACAUGGGCGUCCUGAGAAGUGAGCAGACUUCGCAGCAAGAGCAAGAACGAUGAAAAGCCUCAGUCCUCUACCACUCCAUUGCUGUUCCUGCUUUAAGACGGACCUGUGACUGUCCCCACGUCAGUGCACUCUGUCCUCCUCCUACCCUGCCGAGAGUGGGAGAGAGUGUCACCGUGCUGCUUCAGAAUACACAUUUUUCACACUCAACAAAGCUUCUGGGUCAAACAACGUUGGGUGAAACUAGUACUUGUAGAAGAUGGGAGGGGGUAGACUCAUUGCUUUUGUUGAUAAAGACCUUAAAGGGCAAUACCACUAGUGACAUGUCUUUUGUUGGCCGUACCACUGGUCUGAUGAGUGAAAGAAAGUAAUAACAGAGCUGCAGUCUGUACUUGUUAUGCUGUGCAGGAGGACCUAAAGCUGUCUCUCUGUGUUCGGGGAAUGUACCCGGUGAGCCAGAUCGCCAUGGCUUGUUAGUUUAUUACAAUAAAAAAAAUCACAAAAUG